AUGUUUUCGGGAUUUGGAGGUUUUAGCAGCGGUUUCAGCGCGGGUUUCAAUACUGGAUUUGGGGGUAAUUUCGUGAACUUACCUCAAAAGUUUGAGGAUUUAUUCAGAUGUUAUCCAAUAUCUAUGAUGAACGAUAGAAUAAGGAAAGAUGACGCUAAUUGGGGCGGAAAGAUAUUUUUGCCCCCUAGCGCUCUCAAUAAGCUUAGCAUGCUCAAUGUCAGGUAUCCCAUGCUUUUUGAAUUUACUGUUCCAGACACUGGUAAAGUUACCCAUGGCGGUGUUUUAGAGUUUACGGCCGAAGAAGGUCGUACGUAUCUUCCAAAUUGGAUGAUGGAGACUCUUAAUGUACGACCCGGGUCGCUUCUACAGGUGGGUUCGACAGAUGUGCCUUUGGGACAGUUUGUUAAAAUAGAGCCGCAAUCUGUCGAUUUUUUGGACAUAUCUGAUCCUAAAGCAGUGCUAGAAAACGUCCUGAGGAAGUUUUCUACCCUGACAGUAGACGAUAUUAUCGAGGUUAAUUACAAUAACAAGACUUACAGAAUACGAGUGCUCGAAGUAAAACCGGAAUCGUCAUCGAAAAGUAUUUGUGUCAUCGAAACCGAUUUGGUCACAGACUUCGCGCCUCCCGUUGGAUAUGUGGAACCAGAUUAUAAGUCAAUGCAGACAAAAUCACUUAAGAGUGAUAGCGAUCCUUCGACUAAAGGGCUCGGAUCAAUGUCCAAGCGCAUCAAAUAUGCUGAGACAGUUCAGCGUGCUGCACAAUCAUCUUCUGCUUUCACAGGACAAGGUCAGAAACUGACUGGCAAAUCAGUCUCUAUAGAGUCGCCACAGGACCUAAAAAAUUCUUCAAUAAAUCUAGAGGGCGAACCUACGCCUUUGAAUUUACCCGAUGGGCAACUUUUUUUUGGUUUCCCAAUUGUUCCGCCCAAGAAGGAGGACGAAACUCAGCAGGAGGACGACAAACCACAUUUUAGAUCUCAUGGGAAGACUUUAAGGCAAAAAAGUAAAAGAAAGGUUUUAAAUGAUCACGACAGUCCCAAGGCGAAGGCUCCCAAAAGUCCGGAAGUCAUAGAGCUAGAUUAA